AUGUCGGCGCUUAAAGCGCUCGCGCGCGAGAUCGCGGGGCGUCCGAGCUCGCGAGCGCCGAGCGCGGAACUGACGCGAGCGCUGUACACGCUCAAAGCGACGCUGUACCUGCUCGCGUGGGGGACGUGCAGCGGGCUGAUCAUCUUGGUGAACGACGCGGUGUUGAACAGAUACGACUUCCCGUACCCGAUCGCCGUCAGCGCGACGGGACCGCUGCUGUCGUGGAUGAUCGCGGCGAUUUUAGUGUUGACGAAUUCGGUGAAAUUGGAGCGCACGCUUUCGCUGAAGGAGUGGCUCGUGACGGUGUUUCCGAUCGGGUUCUUCACCGCGGUGACGUUCGCGGCGGGGAAUCAGUUAUAUUUGUACCUCAGCGUGAGCUUCAUACAGAUGAUGAAGUCCCUGUCGCCGUGCGUGGUGUUUUUAAUGUUGGUCGUCGUGGGUCUAGACACGGCGACGAAGGAGAAGGUGAUAGCGGUGGGUACGAUGACUGUCGGCAUGGCGGUGGCGUGCGCGACGGAGGAAACGUUUACGGUGUUGGGGUUGUCGCUCAUGAUCAUAGGCGAAGGUGCAGAGGCGAUGCGCAUGGUGUUGUUUCAACAUUUCAUGGGCAAUCGUGGGUUUGGGUUACUGGAGGGUUUGUUUUACACGUGUCCCGCGAAUUUCUUCUUUCUCUCCGUCGGCGUGGCGAUUUUCGAGCAGCGAGAGAUUACGUUGAGAGGAGACUUAGCCAUCGUUCGCGCCAACCCUUGGCCGUUCGUCGCGGUGUCAGUGUUAGGGUUUCUCGUAAUGGUGACCACUUUGGGGGUGAUCAAGACGUGCGGGUCGCUGACGUUUAAAGCCGCCGGUCAAGUUCGCAACGUCGCAAUCAUCAUGUUUAGCGUCGUCUUCAUGGGCGAGAAGACGACGCCCGUGCAGCUCGUCGGAUACGCGAUGAACGUCUUGGGAUUCGCGUAUUAUCAAAAGUAUAAAACAGACGAGGAUGUGAGCAAAAUCACGGCUUCGAGCGACGGCGAAGUCGAGCGCGAAAAGCUCUUGGACUCGCCGCGUUCGAGCAACGGCUCGGCGGAUUUGUGA